GGAACAUGUAGUUAUGAAAAAGCGUCAAAAUGGCAGCCUUCGGUUUACAUCUCGGCACGUGUUCUGCUUGUUUAGCAGUUUACAGGGAUGGUAAAACUAAUGUCAUUGCAAAUGAUCUUGGAGACAGAGUAACACCUGCUGUUGUGGCUUUUACAGACCAUGAAAUUUCUGUCGGUGCUGCAGCCAAGCAGGAGAUAAUCCGCAAUGCCUCAAACACAGUCUCUCAUGUCAAACGAUUGGUGGGCUGUCAGUUUGAUGACCCACUGGUCAAGGAGUACAUAGAAUCUACCAGCGUCCGUAUUGUCAAGGAUAAUGGGCUGCCUUUGUUUGAAGUUGAACAGAAAGGAAAGACACUGAGAUAUACCCCCAGCCAAAUCAUGGAGUUAAUUUAUAAAAAAUUGCUAGAAACAGCACAAAGUCAUGGAGGUAGUGGGAUAAAAGAUGCAGUUUUAGCUGUCCCACCAGAUUUUGAUGUCAAACAAAGGACCAUUGUUAGUGAGGCAGCAACCAAGGCAGGAUUUAACAUUCUGCGAGUCAUCAAUGAAACGUCUGCUGCAUUGCUGGCUUUUGAUGUUGGUCAGUUGGACCAAACAGAACACUUCAAGACACUUGUUUAUCGUUUGGGUGGGACGUCUCAUGAGGCUGUUAUUGUAGAUAUUGAGCAAGGCAUGUAUAGAAUUAUAGCCAAGGCUGCAGACACACAGUUUGGUGGGGACAAGUUCACAGAAGUCCUUCAGGCAUUUCUUACUUCAGAGUUCAACAGACAGUUCCGUCUGAACAUGAGUACCAACAAGAGGUCAGUGAGUAAGCUUGGACUGGCAGCUGAGCGCUGUAAACACGCCCUCACCACUAUGAUCACUGCCCAGUGUGCUGUGGACUCUCUGUUUGAAGGCUGUGACUUUCAUUACAACAUGUCCAGGGCCAGGUUUGAUAGCUUGUGUAUGCCACUGCUGUCCAAAUGUACAGGUCUAAUAGAGGAAGUUUUAAAAAGUGCUGGCUGCAACAAAGAAGAUAUCUCCAAGGUGAUAAUCUGUGGGGGUGGUGCCAAACCUCCUCUCUUAAAGAAGGUUAUAGGAGAUUUUCUGUCGUCUUCAACGCUACUCAACUCCAUACCAGAGGAUGAAAUUAUAGCCUUAGGUGCUGCUAAAGAAGCAGCCCUAUUGGUAGGGAAUGACACAGGAAACAUCAGUAUUGAUAACGAGGCUUCCACAGUAAACUUCAAGAUUUUCCCUAAAUCUCUUUGUAUACGAGUCAGCAAAGAUGAGUUGGAGGUUGUGGUCCCCCAGCACAGUUUGGCCCCCACUAGAAGACAACACACCCUCACACUUGACCCACAACAGACUGCUGUUGCUUUAGAGAUAUUUGAAGCUGAUGAGCCAGCCACUUUAGAGACAGCCAAACUACUUGCCAAGUUGGUCAUGCGUGACUUGCCACCUGGAUCUACAAUCAAAUCCAACUUCCACUUAAAGAGAGAAGGAGAUCUUCAUAUAUCAUGUCAUGAGGUGACGACAGACAAAACAGAGAGUGUCACCAUCCCAUGUCACUAAUGAUACCUGUGUGUUUAGUUUGAGGUGUGAUAGCAGAUAUUAGACCAGGGGUAUUGACUUGUUGGGGUGUUGUUUAUUGAAACAUUCAUUCAUGAUGGGCAUGAUGUGUUCUUUAGUAUUUAUAAAACCAAAUACUAGUACUUGGUAAACAAGGAAAUAUUUCAAGAGAUUGGUCAAGUAAGUGAGCGGUUAUGAAUUGACUGAUGUAGCUACUAGUGUCAUUGUAAUGAACUUGUUGAAUGUUUGCUGUUGGUGAAAGAAUGUGUUUGACUGAUCUUUCUAUGACUGGUCUUCUAUUUAUUCUAGUGACUACUACAUAGUUAGUGGGUAUAAACAUAAUUUUAGCUCUUCCAUAGCUGCUUCAAAUUUUGUAUUUAACAUUGUAUGAAGUGCAUUAAACACCAUCUGUAUCUAUAGGCAUGAAGGCACCUUAGUUGAUGCCAUAUUUUAGUUGGAGUCCCCGUGUACAAUUGUGAUGUAUAGAUUUGAUUGUUGUGUGAUCAGUGGGUGGUUGCCAAUACUGGAUGUUAAGUGGAACGUUGAAAUUAAUAGAUUAUUAAGUCAGGGAUAAGGUGAAUAUAUUUUCAUACCUUUACUGCUAAUGCAAUAGCAGUAGUUGUUUUAAUGUUUAUGUAUCACAAUUUUUUAAUGGACCCAGUGCAUUUUCUAAUUUGUACAUAAUUAAAUUGUUAUCCCUUCAUCAAUUU